AUAUCAUGUCUUUUUUUUUAAUCAAGUCUAUAUAUCAUGUCGAGCUCCACCAAGCGGCCACCUCAUUGAGGUCGAUGGGUUGUUCACUUGAUCUGGGGGUCGAAUCCCCAGCUGUUAACAUCUAACAAUACUAACUUACUAACCAUUGUCCUUAAGCUGCUUCUUACUCUGUAUCAUGACCUUGAAGAGCAGCAGGUGCCAAUAUUUCCCCACAGUAAUGUCAAUGAGGGAGUUGCAAACAGUAAUGUCAAUGUGGAGGUUGUUGCAGCCAACAUCCUUGCCUUCAAACAAGAGUACACUUCCCUUUCCGGUAGAAGAGGAACUCAAGAGCACUGGCGGUGUGCAGCAGCAAAUUGCCCAUCAAACCCACCAUGAUGAUACAAAAACAACCAAUUUGGACCCAAUUCUUAAUCAAACCAGUGCAGAUGAAUUUCGUCCGAACUUAGACCUGACUCUAGCACCACCUGUGGUGGCUUGUGAAGGAAAUCAGGCGCCUACAAUGGGGUUGUUUGGAACUGAGGCAGAAAACUUCAAUCCAAGGAUUGUUUUGAAUUUAGGUCUUACUCUCGCACCACCCAAAGUAAAUUAGGGGCCUUCAUUUGCCUUGCUUACUUUGUUUCCCAGACAUUAGCUAGAUUUUUAAUAAUCACCCUUUCUUUUCCUUUAAUAACAAUGUAGUGCUGUA